GGGGGCGCUUUUAAAAGGGGGAGAAACACCCUCCCGGGAAGGCAGUGCCAAAGAAGACACCGGAUUAUCCCCAAGCUAGGUGCCUGCCCUCUGCUGAGACUUCGCUCCUGCUUCGGAGAGACAAGGACCUGAACUUUUCCUGCGCGCUCCUCGCUCCUUCCUAAUUUCCCUUUUGCCCCUGUGGAUUUCUCUCCCUCGCGCCUCGCCAUGAAGUUCUGCCUUCUGCUGCUUACGGUGCUGUGCGCUGCCAAUGGGGACUCUCUCUCAGGCGGUAUCUGCUGGCUACAGCAGGGGCGUGAGGCAAAGUGUACCAUGAUCAUCCGGACCGGAGUGACUUGGGAGGAGUGUUGUGCCAACGGCAGCACGGACAUGGCCUGGUCGAACGCCUCGCACCCGGACAACAAGAUCAGCCUCCUCCGGAUCCUGGGGCUCGUGACCUGUCACCCUUGCAAAGAGAGCUGCGAAGGUGUGGACUGUGGUCCGGGAAAAGUGUGCAAAAUGAAAUACGGGCGUCCCCACUGCAGCUGCGCCCCAGAUUGCUCCAACCUCUCCCGGAAACUUCAGGUGUGCGGGUCCGAUGGCUUCACCUACCGAGACGAAUGUGAGCUUCUGACGGCAAAAUGCCGAGGGCACCCCGAUUUGGAAGUCAUGUAUCAAGGCCGUUGCAAAAAAUCGUGCUCCGCUGUGGUGUGUCCCGGGACCCACACGUGUGUCGUGGACCAGACCGCCAGCGCCCACUGCGUCAUGUGCCGGGCCGCCCCUUGCCCGGACCCCACCGACAUCGACCACACGAUCUGCGGGAACAACAACGUCACCUACCCUUCCACUUGCCACCUCCGGAGAGCCACUUGCUUCUUGGGGAGAUCCAUCGGCGUCCGACAUUACGGGAGCUGCGCAGUCCCGAACCGAUACUCGCUGGACACAGAUGAAGCCGAGGAGAACUACAUCUGAACCUGCCUUUGGGAUCUAUCCGACUCCUGACACGCUGGGGCAUUAUCUGUUAGCGAUGUACAGACCGUAUAUAUCUGAUAUUUAUUAAGACCAAAAGAAGACGGCAGCCUUAUUUAUAUAUAUAUAUAUAGACAGAUAGAUAGAUAUCUCGGCUGAUGUAACCUAG